UUUCAAUAGAAGCUGAUGGUGCUAUUUCAGAAUUUAAUGCUCAAAAGCAUUUAAUAUCCAAAAAUACUGGAUUGACCAAGAGUUUUCAUGAUCCAAUAUAUAAUAUAAACUUUACCGCAACAUAUGAUCAAGUAUUAGAUAUGUGUGAACAAGAUAAUAGCAUUUUGUAUAAAAAAGAUGUUAUUAAUUGUGAUCGCCAAGAUGAUGGUGCUAGCUAUCAUCUUUUCUGUUUCUCACUUCUUAAUCAAGUUAUGAAUUCAAAUAUUUCUAACGAUAUUCGCUAUAGACUUUUUGUUUAUUUGUUUGUAAUUG